UUUUUUUUUAUUUUAUUUUAUUUAUUUUUUUUAUCUAAACAAAAAAAAAUGUUUGCUACAUCCCGCCUCUUCACUUCUAUCGCAGCCAAGCGUGCCUUUUCUACCUCUGCUGCUAACCUUACCAAGGUCGCUGUCAUCGGUGCUGCUGGUGGUAUUGGUCAACCUUUGUCUUUAUUAUUGAAGGAAAGUCCUCGUAUUAGCGAACUUUCACUUUAUGAUAUUGGUAACGCACAUGGUGUUGCUGCUGAUGUUAGUCAUAUCAAUACUGACUCCACCGUCACCGGUUACACUCCUAAAAAAGGUGGUUUAGAGGCUGCUCUUAAAGGUGCACAUGUUGUCGUUAUUCCUGCUGGUGUUCCCCGUAAGCCCGGUAUGACUCGUGAUGAUCUUUUUAAUACCAAUGCUGGCAUUGUUCGUGAUCUUGCCGUUGCUGCUGCCAAGUACUGUCCUGAUGCUCACUUCCUUAUCAUUUCUAACCCUGUCAAUUCUACUGUUCCUAUCUUUGCUGAAACACUCAAGAAGGCCGGUGUCUUUAAUCCUAAGCGUCUCUAUGGUGUUACGACACUUGAUUCUGUUCGUGCUUCUCGCUUCGUUUCCGAAAUGAAGCAUCUCCAAGCUAGUGACUGUAAGGUGAAUGUCAUUGGUGGCCACGCUGGUGUUACGAUUAUCCCUCUUCUCUCUCAAACCGGUUUGAAAUUUAGCCAAGAAGAAAUAGAUGCUUUGACUCAUCGUAUUCAAUUUGGUGGUGAUGAAGUCGUUGUGGCUAAGGAUGGUAGUGGUUCUGCCACUCUUUCCAUGGCUUUUGCUGGUGCUCGUAUGGCCAAUGCUGUCUUGGAGGCUACUGUAGGUGGUAAGAAGGGUAUCAUUGAACCUGCCUAUGUCAAGUCUGAUGUUUUGGCUAAAGAAGGUGUUGAAUACUUUUCUACUAAUCUCGAACUUGGUCCUGAAGGUAUUGAAAAGAUCCAUGAUAUUGGUGAAAUUUCUGACUAUGAAAAGAAGCUUAUCACUGAGGCUAUUCCUCUCUUAAAGGGGAGCGUUACUAAGGCUAUCGAAUUUGUAAAUAAAUAAAUCCAAUAUUUUAUGUAAUAUUCUCUCUCCUUUAUUAUAUUAUGCCCUGUAUAUUUUACAAUUAGCAAAAUAAAAAAAAUAAAAUAAAAUAAAAUAAAA